AUGACUCACUCCACCACCACCAUAUCAUCCCUCCUCAACUCAUCCCCCGUAGACCUCACCCCCUACGAAGACCUUUACAAAUACUUCCACGCGCACCCCGAACUCUCCCGCCAAGAGAAACACACCUCCGAAAAACUCGCCGCGCAUCUCACCCAACUCGGCGUCUUCGACAUCCACACCCACAUCGGCGGCUACGGUCUCGCCGGCGUCUUCCGCAAUGUCACCGACGAGGACAAACCCCACCAAACCGUCCUGCUCCGCGCAGACAUGGACGCCCUCCCGGUCAAGGAACUAACCAACCUCCCCUACGCCAGUACCAUCACCAUGCACGACACAGAGGGCAAUGACCGCCCCGUCAUGCACGCCUGCGGUCACGACAUGCACAUCACCUGUCUUCUCGCGGCGGCCGAAACCCUCGUCAAGCUGCGCGACGCCUGGAGCGGGACGCUCAUCGUGCUAUUCCAGCCCGACGAAGAGCGCGGAGGUGGCGCGCAAGCCAUGGUCGACGAUGGGCUUUACUCGCGCAUCCCCGUGCCGGAUGUGGUGCUCGGCCAGCAUGUCAUGCGCAUGCGGGCCGGGAGUGUCGCGUCUCGCGUGGGUGCCAUUAUGGCCGCGGCAGAUAGUAUGAAGAUCACGGUGUUUGGACGGGGCGGGCAUGGCUCGCAGCCGCAUCAGACUGUUGAUCCGGUGUUGCUUGCGGCGCAUAUUGUGGUAAGAUUGCAGAGCAUCGUGAGCAGGGAGAUUAAUCCGUCGGAUUUGGCGGUCCUCACGGUGGGGAGUUUGCAGGCGGGUCAGACGGAGAAUAUCAUUGCGGAUCGGGCAGAGAUUGGCGUGGAUUUUAGGUCUGUGAGGUUGGAGGUUAGAGAGCAGAUUAUUGCGGGGAUUAAAAGGAUUGUCCAGGCCGAGUGUGCAGCUAGUGGGUCGCCUGCGCCGCCGGUUUUUACGCCGACGAGGAGGUUUCCGCCGACGGUGAAUGAUGGGGUUGUGGCGAGGAGGGUUGCGGAGACGUUUGGGGAGCAUUUUGAGGAUUUCGAUCCUGAUGUGCCGAGGACUAAUAUCGCCGAGGACUUUAGUACCCUCGCUACUUGUCGGGAUAUUCCAAGUUGCUUUUGGCUUCUUGGAGGUGUGGAUCAGGAGGUUUGGGAUAGGGCCGCGGCGGAAGGGAAGAUUGAGGAGAUUCCGGGCAAUCAUUCGGCGCUUUUUGCGCCGGUGGUGCAGCCGACAUUGAGGACGGGGGUAGAUGCGUUGUGUUUGGCUGCGCUGACAUUUCUGAGGAAGUGA